AUGUACGUCGUUGAAACCCAGGAAUCAAUCUACGAUUCAAGAAUGUGGAUUUCCUUGGCUCUUCAGCGGUUCGGUAAUAUUCUUCGCCCUCCGGGGAGAGCAUAUUGCUUUCGUCAUGCUGGUCGACCUAUCUCGCACGUAAUCCACUUUCAAAAUUCGGCCAUACGCAAGAGAUAUCAAACAACAGAGAAUGUUAAUAUCCAUUUCGAACUAGGUGCAAAUAAUGGACCAACUACAUAUACUCUCCGAACAAUACUCUCUUCAUGGUCUGCCACAUCUUUGGAUCAAUCACCUGAGAGGAUUUGUUGGCACCAAAGAGAAGAAGAGACAAGUGAAAAUGCUAGCUUAGUUUCUGAUCUGCUUGCUGAGUCGGAGUAUAGGAAUGCACAAAUACUCACCUUCUUCGAGGAUAAAGCACCGCUGGUAGAAAGGGAAGAGGAGAGGCUGAUUGGAGCUCAAGACUCUCUCCACUCAGAUUAUACUAUCUCAUCAGAAGGCGUGGAAGACGUCAACAAGAAACUGCACUCACAGGGAAAAGGAAAAACCAGAAUAGUUGUAAAUGUAUCGCAACCACCGCUUCGUGAGGCAACAAAAUACCACUUCAGGGGGCGUCUCUAG